AUGUCUACUCGAACUGCUGUCCAUGUCUCUUUACGCGAUGAGGCCAUCCUCACCAGUCCGAGGUGGAACAAGGGUAGUGCGUUCACCGCUGAAGAGCGCAAAGCAUUCGGCCUUACCGGUCGCUUACCUUUCCGCGUCAAUACUCUCGACGAACAGUGCGAAAGGGCGUACGAUCAGCUCCAAUCACGCGAGUCUCCUUUGAGGAAGAAUUCGUUUCUGCAAAGUCUCAAAGACCAGAAUCGGGUCCUGUACUACUCUCUUAUUUCUAGGCAUCUCGAGGAGCUUACGCCUAUUAUUUAUACACCCACUGAGGCCGAGGCCAUCGCAAACUAUUCGCAUCUGUUCCGCAGGAGUGAAGGCCUCUACCUCACAUUCUCGAACCUGAGUUCUAUGGAGGAGGAUUUUAUAGAGCAUACACGAGGUUGCAAUAUUGAACUUGUUGUUUGUACUGAUGCAGAACAGAUACUCGGAAUUGGUGACCAAGGUGUUGGCGGCAUCGGAAUCGCAACCGCUAAGGCAGCUAUAUACACUUUACUGGCUGGAGUCAACCCAUCCAAAACUUUAAGUGUAACACUUGAUGUUGGAACAGACAACGAGAAGCUAUUGAGUGAUCCUCUUUAUGUUGGGUGGCCCCAUAAACGCAUCCGGGGCGAGGGUUAUGAUCGAUUCAUUGACAAUUUUGUGCAGCUUAUCCGUAAGCACUAUCCGCACAGUUUAUUGCACUUCGAAGACUUUGGCGUGAGCAAUGCGAAGCGACUCCUUGAUCUGUAUAGUGAAAAACAUGCGGUCUUCAAUGACGAUGUACAAGGCACGGGUGCUGUGACCCUUGCUACUGUAAUGUCUGCUGUUGGUGUUACCAAGUCUUCGCUCGCGGACCAGCGUAUUGUUGUUUUCGGGGCUGGCACGGCUGGCUUGGGAAUUACACGACAACUGCGCGAUGGCAUGGUCGCGCUUGAUAACGUCUCCGUAUCGGACGCUAACAAACGAUUCUAUCUACUCGACCGCUACGGGCUCAUCAAGGCAUCGCUUGGGUUGGAUAAGAUUCGUGAUGGACUGCAGGAGUUUGUGCGUCCCGAUGAUGAGUGGGAGGGCGUGAAGACGAACGCCAAAGGCGAGAUCGAGCUGUUAGAGGUAGUACGAAUGGUGAAACCAACGGUGCUGAUUGGGUGUUCAACCCUAGCGGGUGCGUUUACCGAACAGGUCGUGAAGGAGAUGGCCAAGGGGACCGAACGCCCGAUCAUAUUGCCGUUGUCGAACCCGACCAGGUUGCACGAAUGUACUCCAGAAGAUGCAAAUAAUUGGACGAAUGGAAAGGCACUCCUGGCAACGGGGAGCCCUUUUCCGCCAUGCAAGAUGCCCAAUGGGAAAGAAUAUGUAGUUGCGGAAUGUAACAACGCACUAAUCUAUCCUGGCCUCGGGUUUGGUGCGAUCGUGUCGAAGGCGCGCUCACUCACGGACGCAAUGAUCAUUGCGGGUGCGCGGCGUUUGGCCUCGCUCGCGCCGGCACUGAAGGACCCCGAUGACGCGCUCCUCCCGGAUUUUGGGAGCUCCCCGGAUGUCAACUUUGAGGUUGCCGUCGCCGUGGUAGAGCAAGCGAUCGAGGAUGGAGUUGCGGGUGUAGACUGGGGGGGGAAAGAGGAGGUACGAGAUAAGAUUAGGGAGAAGCAGUGGAAGCCGGUGUAUGAGCCAUAUGUGUAUGAUGUCGACGGCGAGCAGUGA